GCCAUCUCUCUCUGGAGCAUUGAUGCCACGAUAGAGGUAUGCACGGCGUGUGUCGCUUUAGAGUAGUUGUCGAGAUCUUAUCGUUCCUCAUACACUACCGGCUCCCGAUCGCCUACUGAUAGGAUGUCAACGCGUCCUUCGACGCCUCCUCCCCGGAGUGGCGAAACUGCUACCUCACCUUUGACGCCGGAGCAGGUUAGGAGGAUCGAGAUCAAUCGACUCAAGGCCAAAGCACUCCGAGAGCAGCGUGAUGCAGAAGCCGCAGGUGCAACCAUACUCAAACGGUCAGACAGCUCGGCCGCUGGACAGAAACGAAGUUUUGAGACAUUUGCUGGGGCUCCCGUUUCCAACCGAGAUGCAAGAUCCCCGGCGAACCCUGCGCGACCGCUCGAAGCCAUCCAGCCUGCGCGGAAUCUUGCCAAGUAUGUCGAGUAUGAUUUCAGUAAGAUGGUAGACACGAAGGGUGGGUUCCUGACUGCGGACGAUGAUCCUCACAAUAAAGCAAUGCACGCAAAUGAACAGGACGUCAAGCCUGCCCAUGUGACUCAGGGAGAAUGGGAGAGACAGCAACUGCUGAGAUCGUUGCGAAAUCAGAAGACUGGCCCGUUUGAACCCGGAAUCAGUGCGGCGCAAGAUCAGAACACCAAGUCGUGCAGAGAAUGCGGCACGCUGGAGGUCGAUUGGAAAUGGCUAGACGUCUUUGAUAUCGCAGUAUGCAAUGCUUGCAAAGAGAAAUUCCCAGAGCGAUACAGCCUACUCACCAAGACCGAAGCAAAGGAGGAUUAUCUGCUCACUGACCCGGAACUCAAAGAUGAAAACCUCCUGCCACAUCUCGAGAGACCCAACCCACACAAAUCUACCUGGCAUAACAUGUUUCUCUACUUGCGAUGCCAGGUGGAAGACUAUGCCUUUUCAGAAAAGAGGUGGGGUUCCGCCGAGGCGUUGGAUGCCGAAUUUGAGAAGAGGCAAAAUGAGAAAAAGAGGCGAAAGGAAAACAAAUUCAAGUCAAGGCUGGCCGACCUGAAGAAGCGCACGAGAGUGGAAGCACAUCAGCGUGGUCGGAAAGGAGGUGGAGGGAAUUUUGGCGAUGAUCUCGGCGAUGGGAAACAUGCUCACGAAUUUGGUCGCCCAGUGGACAAUCCAGAGAGCGGAAUACCUAUCAAGAAAUGUAUAAUCUGUGGACUUGAGGUUGAAGAACUGGAUUUGUGAUUUUAGAUACCCCGAAUGCAAGCCUCCUUGAUUGUUCAAAUGUUUUAAUGCUGAUGAUCUGUGGUAUAAACAUGUGUGACAAUACCUAGGUAGCUACGAGCCACAAUGUCUCUGGUAUGGUCUCUAAGAGUGGUCUUUUCUGGAACAUGAAGUAGUUGAACGAAGCAUGGGGAGAGGAAUGCAAAAUAGACCAGAUG